UGAAAACAUAAACAAAUUUUAGUAGACCCGAAAAUCGCACAUUUUAAAGAGUCGUAUGUUGUCUAUUAACAGAUGGUGAAGUUAAAUUAAUAAGCUAAUAAAAACAAUACUUCAUCCUGCCAAUCUUGCUGAUAAGAUAACUGAAAGCUGCAGUAUCAGACCAUUCCCCGGCCAGGAAAAACUGUGAAGUACGUAAAUUAGGAGGAAACAUCAAUUGCCCAGUGCAUUGAUAACCCCUUUUUUGCACGCGUAGUUUAAACUUUUCUGUGGACGAAGCGGUUGUGUGAUCGAUAAUGUUCCAAGUGCUGCAACGACAAACGGCAAAAGUCGGUCAGCUGAACCGCGGACGGUUCCAAAGUCUCACAUCAUGCCACUCCAGGCUGUACGGAGCAUCGAACGAUGGCAAAGGAAAGACAGAUUUAUCCGAUCAGGUGGAAGCGAACAAGGACAAUCCUAUAUCUCGGACAAUGAAGCUUCUCGGCAACGAUGUGCAGCGGAUGAAAAAGUUCAUUCUACCAAAAAGCCUACAAAGUAACAGUAGCGAGAACAAAUCUGGUGCUACAGAAUCCGUCGAAAACUACUUGGAGCGCUACCGGAGGGAUGAUUUCCAAUCACACUGCGAUGUGCUGGUGAUCGGAGGCGGAGGAGUUGGUUCUUCGAUCGCAUAUUGGCUGAAAAAACGGGCUCGCGAUGGAUUGAACGUUGUGGUGGUGGAGAAGGAUUCAACCUAUGCACAAGCAUCCACUUGUUUAUCGGUUGGUGGCCUUCGGCAACAGUUUUCCAUAGUGGAAAACAUUCAGAUGAGCCUGUUCGGGGCUGACUUUAUGCGCAACAGUAAAGACUACCUUGGCGAUGAGGUGGAUUUAAACUUUACCCCUCACGGAUACCUCCUGCUGGCCACCGAGGCUGGUGCCGAACAGUUACAGGAAAACUCAAAGCUGCAAAAUGCUCUCGGAGCUAAAAAUGAGCUUUUAACGGCGUCCCGGCUGAAGCAACGGUUUCCGUGGAUGAAUACGGAUGGGAUCGCACUCGGGUGUCAUGGUCUUGAAAAGGAAGGCUGGUUUGAUCCGUGGGCCCUUCUCUGUGGUUUCAAAAAACGGGCUCUCGAGUAUGGUGCGCACUACGUGGAAGGUGAGAUGGUCGGAUUCGGCUUCCGCCAUCAGCCGGACAUUCUGGCCGAAGGUAUCGAAGAAGGAGCAUACGAAGGGAUCGAUCGAGCAUUCAUCAAAAUGAAGGAUGGCGAAGUGCGUGAGAUUAAGUUUGCCAUAGCGGUCAUUGCGGCCGGAGCCCAAUCCGGAGCCGUUGCCCGUCUUGCGCGGAUAGGUACGGGAAAAGGGAUGCUGUCAAUUCCUUUGCCCGUGGAACCUCGGAAACGGUUCGUUUACGUAUUCCAGUGCGAGAACGAUCAAGGCCCGGGAAUCAACACGCCACUGACCAUCGAUCCCAGUGGGACUUAUUUUCGAAGGGAUGGGCUAGGAGGCAACUAUCUCGGGGGUAAGAGCCCGCUUCCCGAGCAGGAACCAUCCGCUGCCAACCUAGAAGUAGAUCAUACGUUUUUCGACCAAACAGUAUGGCCCAAUCUGGCCCACUUGGUGCCAAGUUUCGAAGCGAUCAAAGUUAAAAAUGCCUGGGCCGGAUACUAUGAAUUUAACACCUUCGAUGAGAACGGAAUCGUUGGGCCACAUCCUUACUAUAACAAUUUGUAUAUUGCUACGGGAUUCAGUGGUCACGGCAUUCAACAGACUCCGGCUGUGGGAAGAGCUGUUUCCGAGAUGAUCAUUGAUGGAGGCUUUCGGACGGUCGACCUGACACGAUUCGGUUUUGAUCGGAUAAUUAUCGAUCAACCCAUGUUUGAAGCAAACAUUUUCUAGUCCAAUAGAUAGUUUCGGGAGAAAGUGUAUGUAAUAAAGUUUGUAAAAAUAGAAGACGUUAUAAAGUUGUACAAACGAGCGUGAUAUUUUAAA